AUGGACUUUUCGAAGUACACAAUAAAGACUAAGGUUGACGAUGAAGACGUUCAAGAUUCUGCUCCGUUUUUGUCGCAUAGAGCAAACGAUCUUAAAAUGGGUGUAACGAGCUUUUGCAAAGCUUUUCCGUGGCACUUGGUAUUGGACAAACGACUUGAGUUCGUGCAGUUAGGCUCUGGGUUCAUGAAGCUUUUCGGAAAAUGCCUACAGCAAUUCGGUCGAUCGAUUCACACGUAUUUCAAAAUCAGAAGACCGAAAAACGUUCGACUCUCGUUCGACGGCAUCGUGAACAGAGCUAACUCGCCGUUCGUGUUGACACUGUGCCUACCUGAACCGCUUAAUCACAAUUCCGCCGAGGGUUUGGAGUUUAAAGGUCAAAUGGUGUUGUGCAACGAGUCCGGAUCGUUACUGUACGUCGGUUCACCAUUGCUGGACGGACUGGACAGUCUUACCAGCAGGAGCCUGUUUAUUUCAGACAUACCAUUGCACGAUGCCACAAGAGACGUGAUAUUAAUUGGUGAACAAGCCAGGGCUCAGGAUGGCCUUCGGAGAAGAAUGGACAAGUUGAAAAGUUCGAUCGAAGAAGCCAAUUUGGCCGUCGACAAAGAGAGAGAGAAGAAUGUCAGUCUAUUGCACAUGAUUUUCCCGCCAAACAUUGCCAAACGGCUUUGGCUCGGAGAGACAAUCGAAGCGAAAACGCACGACGAGGUGACUAUGUUGUUCAGCGACAUCGUAGGCUUCACGUCCAUCUGCAGCACCGCUACGCCAUUCAUGGUCGUCAACAUGUUGGAGUCCUUGUACAACAAGUUUGACGCUUACUGUGGACAUUUAGACAUAUACAAGGUAGAGACGAUUGGCGAUGCCUACUGUGUGGCUUCGGGCCUCCACAAGUUCAGUUCAAUACACGCUCAGCAAAUCGCAUGGAUGGCUCUUAAGAUGAUCGAAACGUGUAAAACUCAUCACACACACGACGGGAAACCGAUCAGAAUGCGAAUCGGAUUGCACACCGGAUCGAUAUUGGCCGGCGUGGUCGGCGUGAAAAUGCCAAGAUACUGCUUGUUCGGUCACAACGUGACGAUCGCCAACAAGUUCGAGUCUGGUAGCGAACCACUCCGGAUAAACGUCAGUCCAACUACUCACCAGCUGUUGAUGAAGACCCCCGGAUUCUCGUUCGAGGAGAGGAGCCGGUCGUGUCUGCCAGUCGGAUUUCCCGAGCACAUACCUGGCACGUGCCAUUUCCUGUUGUCGUACGCGCACCCCGACAUGUCGGCCGACGACACAGCCGACUUGGACGCUCACGUCACCGCCGGCUUGCGGCAGCUCACCUUGGACAGCUGAACAAUACCGCCGCCACAGCCGCCACCGUCGCCUCCACCACCGCCUCCACAGACGCAGCCGUCGCCGUCUCCUCGUAGAAGAUUAUAAUACUAUACAAACGCGCACCGGCGAAACGACGUCGAGUCUUAUGAUAUUGUAAUUUUUGUUUUUGUUUUUGUCCACCCGUAGAAAUGCACUCACUUUUUAAGUACUAUUAUAUGUUCUAAAAAUAUGCCAAUGCGAGGAAAAACGUAAAAAAGGAAGAAAAAUAUGUUUGUUUGAUUAUCAUAUAUAUAAAAAUAUCACAACACGUGAAUCAUAUACCUAUAYACACAUAGUUGUAGAGUCCAGUCAUAUUAUGUAUAUUAUUAUAAUAUAAUAUCUAAAAUCCUUAUCCUGUCAUCCCAACCGUCGGAAUAAAACGCCGCCGGUUAAAAGCACUCGAUUCGUGCAUCACGAUUCUCACACACACUUCGCUCACCUAAAUAUAAUAAUAAUAAUAAUAUUAUUAUAUUAAUUAUUAUGACAUAGCCCGUCGCCGACGGUUGAAAUCACGUGAGGCGUACGCGUUAUAUUUUUUGUACAGCUAAAUUAUUAUUCUCUCGCCUAAAAUAUUUACAAACGUAUAAUAUUAUAAAAAAUAUGGUCAAAAGCAUAACGAUUAAAAAACCAUCUCCGACAACGGUGACUUUAUUAUUUCUUUUGGAUUUCAUCGUUUAUCUCUAUAUUAUAAUAUUAUACAAUACAGUAAUACAGUAUAUUAUAUUGAACGUAAUAUAAAAAAGUCUUUCGAGCGUGGUUUUCUUUUCCGUAUUUACCGCGGACGGCGCAAUACCCACUACGUCUACGACGAUAGAAAUUCAUUUUUUUUCUYGUGUGUAUAACAUAGAAUAAUAAUUAUCGUUAUAUAAAAUGGUUCUGCGAUAUAAUAAUUUUGAGGGUCUGGAAAAAAAAAUCAUUUUAACGAACGCGUCAGUGAUAAUUUUAUUCUAUAUAGAAACGCUUCGGAAAAUACGGCUUGCGGAGACUAGUGGUAUUAAAAACCCUGUAUAUCCGUAUGCUUUGUCCCACUGUGAAGUGGGUGCAAAAAAAAAUUACUGAUUUAGAAUUUAAGAAAAAUCAUUUAAAUAUUUCUGAAACUUUAAAGAUUGAAAA